UUCAAGCGGUGUGAAGCUGAUAACAUGCGAACGUCGCUCAUCAGCAUACUUUUGUAGGUCUACGAACACUCGAAACGAUCUUUACAUCUCUCCUGAGGUGAAACGCGCCACUACCAUCCACAUCAUGAUCAUCAGCACUUUCGUCACGCGCGCACCAACCUCUUUCUCAUGAAGUUAAAACGAACAUUUUUACUCGCUUCAUUUGCGAGGAGCAUCACUGUAUUGAAACAGACAGGCUAUAGAUCGAAUCAGGCAAAUGAGCAUAGAAAAUUGGUCCAUCUGAGAAGUGCCGGGACCUUUCUGGUCGGCAUAUCAAGUCGAUCCAAUGUUGCUCCCUCUCUCUUGUCACCCUGGCUUCUCGGAGUCAGUCGGGCCCUAUCUCUCUGCUGUUUCACGUCAUCACUCGUCUGGUAUUGGACCCUUGGCUCUCACAGCGCUCUUCUUGUGACUAUGUAUUUCCUCACUCUGCUGCGCCCGCAAACCCCAGUUGAGGAAUCUUGCAGAUUCACGGCGCGAAAAAUGGGCGCCUUUUUUUCCCAGCAAGGUGUCGUCAAUCAACGGUCAGGCCAUUCUUUUGCGUCAUACCGUUCAUACCAUGGACAACGGCUCGUCGGAGGACAUGUCAAUGUUUUUUCUGGGCAGUACACUCGACGUGCUCUUCAGGCCAUGCUCAAGGUCGUAACCGGUGAGUAAAUUACCAAUGUCGUCACUGGUGAUCACACUACUGACAGAGGUGGCGUACCCCUUCAUGCUGAGCUAACUAUCCAUCCGCUCCGAUCUCAAUUCAACCCACUGCAUCGAUGAUACGACUCGCGUAUUCGUGUGACCUGAUCGUGCAAGACAAGGCUGGGUCUUGCUACCUCCACCUUGGUGUGAAAGGAAAGCUGGGUAG